AUUCAAAAAAUAUCAGGCCUGAAGCUAAACUUGUCAAAAAGAUUGUCAAAGAUAUUUUGAGCAAAUUGAAUCGCAAGUCGUCCUUUCAUGUGGAAGGACUAGUUGGAAUUGAUCAUCAGAUUCAGGAAGUUGAAGAGCUACUGAGUGAAGCUCGCAUUGUGGGAAUAUGGGGUAUGGGUGGUAUAGGCAAGACCACUCUUGCUAGUGCCGUAUUUGAGAGGUUGAGAGCAGAGUUUGAAGCUUCCUGCUUUGUUGAAGAUGUAAGAAAACUGCUGGAAAAGAAUGGUGGCUUGAAUGCAUUACAGGAAAAAUGCCUUAAAGAAUUAUUAAAAGAUGAGGAGAUUAACACUUACAAUUUAAGGUCUGAUUUUGUGAGAAGAAGGCUUCACCGUAAAAAAAUUCUUCUGGUACUUGAUGAUGUGGACAAUUUUAUGGCGGCUGAAAAUUUAAUCAAAGCAUGUGGUUGGUUUGGGGAAGGAAGUAGAAUUAUUAUCACAUCAAGAGACAUGCAAGUGCUUAAAAAUACUUCUGCAUUUCUAACAUAUCGUGUUCCAACAAUGUAUCACCAUGAUGCUCUUCAUCUCUUUAGUUUGAAAGCUUUUAAGCAAAAUCAGCCAUUCAAAAACUACUUGGAGUUAUCAAAGCGGGCAGUGUAUUAUUGUCAUGGAAAUCCUUUAGCUCUAAAAGUGUUGGGUUGCUUUCUUCAUGGCAGAGGAAAAGAAGUAUGGGACAGUGCUCUGACAAAACUAAAUCAUACUCUUCACAAGGACAUUUUUAAAGUGUUGAAAUUGAGUUUUGAUGGACUUGAUGAUGACAUGCAGAAGAAUGUAUUUCUUGACCUAGCAUUUUUCUUGAACGUAGGACAUGGGAUUUCUCUAGAUUGUACAAGAGGCUUAUAUGGCUCUCAUGCACGUAUUGAGAUAAGUGUACUUAAAGAGAGAUCCCUCAUUUCAGUGGAUAGAUAUGGUAAUAUUGAGAUGCAUGCUCUAUUAGUGGAGAUGGGGCUUGAAAUUUCUCAGCAACAAUUAAUAUCUAACCCUGAAAAACCCAUUCGACUUUGGAGACCCCAGGAUGUUUUUCAUUUCAUGAAAAAUGACAAGUUGAUGUAG